AUGGUUGCUGUAGAUUCCUCUUUUCAAAGCCAUGGCAUCGCUUUGGAACCAAAUUUUGUUGGUUCGAUGUGUAUCGGAGUCUACAGUUCCGAAGUUUCCAUCUCCGGACGAGAAGCAUCUCAAGACUACUCUUGUGACAGCUGUGACGAUUUGGCUACUGUAUCUUCUGCUUGUUGCGAUUUAGAUGAACUUUGUGGUCUGGAUUCAGCCCUGGAGAUUAGCUGUAGGUCUAAUGGAGAUUGCCGUGAAGGUCAAGAGGCUUGUGGUAGUGGCACAGCUCCAUCGCUAGACAAGAGUCGUCAAGACUAUACAAUGUAUGCUACUGGUUGGAUGUACGGUAAUCAGCAAGGCCAAAUGUGUGGCCCUUAUACGCAACAGCAGUUAUUUGAUGGGCUGUCCACUGGUUUUCUACCCGAGGAUCUUCUUGUGUAUCCAAUUAUCAAUGGCUAUAUGCCAAAUUCUGUACCGCUGAAGUACUUCAAGCAGUUUCCUGAACAUGUUGCCACUGGCUUUGCGUAUCUACAAAAUGGAAUGAUGAGUGUAGUUCCACCUGUUAGUAGUGUUGCCACAGUCCAUCAGCCUGAGACUCAAACAGAGCAGGCAACAACUUCUGCUGCUAAUUUGAUUUCCAAUCAGACAUUGCCUCCACAGACCAAUUCUAAUGGUCCUGUCUCAGAUCAGUUAAACCAGGAGGAAGCAAAUUUGGUGGCUUCGUUCCUCUCAUUGGGAAGUGAACAUGCUUGCUGGUCUCUUGUGGAUACUGAGGGUAGAAGUCAUGGAUCACAUUCUAUACUGGAGCUCUAUAAUUGGCUGCAGCAUGGAUAUGUUACAGAUGCAGCUCUGAUACGUGAUGAUAAAAACAAGUUAAGACCAAUUGCUUUAGCAUUGUUAAUUGGUGUAUGGAGGGAGAAAUGUGGUAGUGCUAACUGUGACGAGUCAAUGUCUGGGGUGAGCUUCAUAUCCGAAGUUUCUGAAGAACUCUCUUCUCAGCUUCAGAGUGGAAUAAUGAAAAUAGCUAGACGAGCUCUACUCGAUGAAAUCACCAGCAGUGUGAUUUCAGACUUUCUUAAGGAGAAGAAAAGGGACGAUCAUCUCAAGUCUGCUUCACCCAGUUCUGCUGUCCAUGUUGUUGAAUCCAUAUCGUCUCAACUUGUUAAUGCGGAGAAAACUGGUGUCUCAACCACUGAAGCAACAGAGUCGCUCAAAUAUACUAAAUCUGUUGGAAGCCCUGAGAACUUUCAGACAUCCUGCUCAGCUGUAUCUGGAAUACUUUACAACCAUUGCAUGCAAAUCAUGUGGAAUGCUGUCUUUUAUGAUACUGUGGCAACUUAUACAUCAUCUUGGAGACAGAACAAACUUUGGUUUCGUUCUCCUGAUAAUGAUAUAUCAACCGUUGCUAGCUACUGCAAGGGUUCCCAGACCGAUUAUUCAGAAAAAACUAAAGCUGUUGAGAGUUUUGCUUGUAGGGCGGAUUCCUCUUCCUGCAAAACUGCUUACUUCAAUGAACUUGAUUUAGCUACCAACGCAGCCAGUUUCCGUGAAGUAUCUAGAAAAUCAACUUUACCAGACAAUGAUGGAAAAGAAAGCAUCAUGGCAAGCAUCUUAGAACAUGUAGAAAGUGAGAUCUUUUUGUCUCUGGAAACUCACCUGAGUGAUUAUACUGGCAUUCUCAUUAAAGAUGGAGCAAAUAAUGCUGCUAGUAGUGUCCAAGAUGGCAAAAUGCACAAGGAAACUCUGUCAUGUUCUCCGAGACUGUUGCAUGAGGGAGAAUCCUCUGAGCAAAUCACAUCUGAGGAUAUUAUUGCAAAUAUUUUUAGUACAACAUUGGAUACGCCUGUUAAUGAUGAACUUGAUACGCUGGAUAUUCAUGAGCCACCACCACCUGGAUGUGAAAGCAACAUAGAAAUGCCAUCUCUGCGUUGUAAGUUUCGCCCUAUAAGGUCGAAGGAAUCUAUUCCUGAGAUGGAAGAAUAUGUUGCAAAGGCUUUAUGUAGACAGGAGUUGCAUAAUGUUGUUUUGAAAGAGUGGAGUUCAGUGUUCAUGAAGUUUUCUCUUAACGAAUUCCUUGCUUCACGGAAAGGAUUGGCCCCAAGGAAGCUCAAAACUGUUUCCCGCAACAAAAAACUAUUACAGUCUAAUACAUCGAAUCAGGCAGCAGAGAAGCCAAGGAAACCAUGUGUCAGACCUUCUGAAAAAGUUCUGGUUAAACGAUCUAAGAAACUGUCUACAGACUCUCAUUCCAUCAAAGAAGCCCUUAAAGUCGAUACACCCAUUAUAGAUUUGUCAGUUCGGAAACCAAGUCAACAGAAGAUAAGGAAUGCUUACCGGCGGGAUCAAAGUGUCACCAAGAAUGUGACAAAGUUUCAGAAAGAAAAGGUUGGUAAAGAUGUUGGAAUUGCAGAUGAAUGUGAUGACGAACUCCUAAUAACAAAACUAAGCAGGAUAUCAAGGAAUAAAACAAAACUGUUGAAAGAAGGUACAAGUGCUGCUGAAUCCUGUGAGGAGAUCUCAGUGUCUGCUGAAGAAUCUGGGGAAACCGUGGACUGCAAAGAUCAUGAGGAAAAUCUUUCGAGUAAGCCUUCUCAGAAAGUGCAAAAAGCUCAUAAAUCAAAGCUCAAGAGAAAGAAAAUGUCAGAUGUCAGAGUCGAAGGUACAAAAUCUUGCAAUGGAGAAGUCAGAGGUUUUACUGAGAUUUCUGGAAAGGAAGUUGAUAAUGAAAGCCUUGGUUUUGCAACCAAGAGACGGAAAAAAGAUGCUGCUGAAGGAAAAAAGAUUGUGGAAAAGUCUGCGUGCAGCGUAUCACAGAAGUCCCGUAAUUCACCGCAAUCAUCAACGCCAAAGACGAAGCAUUCGUUGGAUAAAAAAUUCCCUAGUGUAUCUUCAUGUCGGAAAUUAUCACACUCUUCCAAGGAUUCUGAGAAUGAAGAGAAGGAAGGCUAUCAUGUUGAAAAUGGAGAGAAGCUUCCUUGCAAUUCAUCAGAUAAGCUGCAGAAAGUAAGUUCGAAGAAAUUGAUGCUUAAAAGGAAGCUACCACCAAAACAUACAGCCGAGCUUUCUCCCAUUAAGGAUUUAACAAUGGAUGAUGGCAGCCCUACGCCGGUUGCAUUAAAACCAUUGGCAAAACUGAAACCACAGUCAGGCAAGAAAAGGGUGUUAAUGUCAAUGCCAAAGUCUGAUGGAUGUGCACGCACAUCUAUUAAUGGCUGGCAUUGGCAUGCAUGGUCACUAAAGGCUAGUCCUGAAGAGAGAACCCGUGUUAGGGGCAGUUCUUGCGUACACACACAACAUUUUGGUUCCAAAAUCAGUUCGACUCAGAACGUCCUUUCUGCAAGAACUAACAGGGCCAAAAUGCGUAAUCUUCUAGCUGCUGCAGAUGGUGCUGACCUCUUGAAAAUUUCUCAGUUAAAGGCUAGGAAAAAGCGAUUGCGGUUUCAACAAAGCAAAAUUCAUGAUUGGGGUCUUGUUGCACUUGAACCAAUUGAUGCCGAGGACUUUGUGAUCGAAUAUGUCGGAGAGUUGAUUCGUUCUUCUAUAUCUGAGAUACGUGAACGCCAAUAUGAAAAGAUGGGAAUUGGAAGCAGUUAUCUUUUUAGGCUUGACGAUGGCUAUGUGAUUGAUGCCACAAAGCGUGGUGGCAUAGCGAGGUUUAUAAACCAUUCAUGUGAGCCUAAUUGUUACACCAAGAUCAUAAGCGUGGAAGGCAAGAAAAAGAUAUUCAUUUAUGCUAAACGGCAUAUAGACACUGGCGAAGAAAUAAGUUACAACUACAAAUUCCCGCUGGAGGACGACAAAAUCCCUUGCAACUGUGGAGCGCAAAAGUGUCGUGGAUCGCUGAACUAG